AUGGCUGCAAUAAUAAAUUCGAGACCAAGUUCCUUAACUCGAUGUAGCUUGGGUACCGGAAAGCCAGUGCUGUUGCAUAAAAUCGAAGGACAGAUAUCACGUAUAAAUGGCGUAUACUUAUUAAAUAGUGAAGAAGGAGUGUUAACAAUCAGUGAUGAUCGAUCAUUGCGUGUCUACCUGAAACGUGAUAACGAACAAUUCUGGCCAUCUAUCUAUCAUUAUCUACCGUUUUCCCCCAAUUCGAUGUAUUUUGAUGAGGAUAAAUUAAGGCUUUUUGUUGGUCUUAUCAACGGUAGUGUUUACGAGUAUAGAAUAGCACAAGAUAUGAACAGUUUAUCGGAACAACGUCAUUGGAUGGCACAUUUGAGUACGGUUGCCGCUGUACUGUAUUCACCGGAAGCUGAAUUGAUUUUCAGUUGCAGUAAAGAUAAAACGACGGUUUGGCAUUGUUCAGAAACCUCUGUAAAAAUGGGAUCCUAUGCAGGCGAAUCAGGCUUCACGGCAUUGGAAUUCGAUGUGGCAUCGAAAUUUGUUUUUCUGGGCGAUUCUGGUGGUAGUAUUAUUCUGCUACGUUUGAAUGGUUCGGAAGCAAACAUCGUCACCACCCUUUCUGCACAUACAAGUACCAUAAUGUCGCUGGCCUGGGAUUCAGAACGUCAAUUACUGUUUUCAGCAGGAGCCGAUCACCUUGUUAUCAUGUGGGACAUUGGUGGAAAGAAAGGACAAGCGUUUGAACUUAACGCUCACAACAACAGACUAACAUGUCUACGAUAUGCACAGCAUAAGAAAAGGCUUUUUUCGGCAGAUGAGGACGGAAGUUUAGUUUGUUGGGAUAUGACGGCUAAACGCGUGGAGACACCAGGAUGGAAAACGAGUGAUAGCUGUCAGCUCUGCGACUCGCCGUUUUUCUGGAACUUCCGAGAAAUGUGGGAUAAAAAGGUAGUUGGUUUACGUCAACAUCAUUGCCGUACUUGUGGUAACGCUGUAUGCGCGAAUUGCUGUACUAGUACGACGAGAUACCCACCGAUGGGUUAUGAAUUACCGGUUAGGAUAUGCAGCGCUUGCCAGUCUCGAAUGCAACAAUUCCCCGACCAGUUCGACCUUACUUCGCUGGCAGUCAUUUCGGAGCUACGCCAAGGUAUUAUGUGCAUGCAUUUGCAAGAAUCGACAGGUCGUCUUGUUACGGCUGGUUCUGACCGGAUUUUGAUGAUUUGGGAUGUAAAGCAGUUAGUCUAA